GCGGGAUCUCAUCGACGACCAUUUAGAAUGAACCAGACCCUUCUCCUUCCCACCGUACGCAAAACCCAAACUAUUCGUGCUGCACCGCAUCACACACACCAUCGAACCCACUCAAAGCUCAGCAGACCAAGCACUUCCUCCGUCGACCUUGCCCCAGCUCAACCACGUCCCACGAGCCCUACAGAGAUUGCUCAGCAGUGGAUUGGUCUCCCUCUUCACUUUGACAUCGUCACAGACCGCGUCCAGCUUGAAGGGUACCAGAUUUAUGCUGUAGAGAAGUGGAUAACAGAACGCGACCGGCCAGUCACAUGUCUUACAGUCUACACUGGUGACCCAGCGCACAAGAUCACCGUCACGGCCUUGAAACCAUCGCCUUCUCUUUCACCCACGGAAUCAGCUGCAGAAUGGGAAAAGGCCAUUUCACAUCUCCGACGUGAUGCUCGCCCACGAGAGACUGCUCACGGCCUUGUCUUCGCAACGUCACUCGCCCAUUUCCGUUCAGAUUUCACUAUUGUCCAAAUUCCUGAUGGCGAUUUUCUACAAGCGCGCGACCAACUGUACACCAAUAUCAACCUUUUGCGUAUGGGUUGCAGCGGACGGAGUGCUCUCACACUGGAGGAGCCUAGUGAAACAACCAAAGAUAGAUUUAUCGCCACCUAUCAUCUACCCGAUAGUAUUCUCUCUGGAACUGCCAAUCUAUCCCCCAAUCCAACUACCCCUACGGCGAGCCCAGCUGCCAGUCCUCAACCCUCGCCUGCCAAGCAUAGAACUCAUUCCUCCGUCUCUGUUCCGACUAACGAGAGUCCACAACGUCGUGCUGCGGCUGGUCUUCGCAUCGCACCCCCGACUCCUUCAUUGAAUGUGGGCUUUGGUGUAACUUCGCCAACGCCUGCAACAACCCCUGGAGGUCGGAUUGGAACCAAAAGCAAAUCUCGUGCAGAUCGCACCUUGUUUAGUGCGAGUGUUCUGGAACUGGUCCGCCUUUUGCAGGCUAGUCUUGCUAUCUUUGGCCUGUUCUCGGUGGAGUCUCACGGUUUGGACGGUUUAUUGUGCGACAAGACGGUGGAAGGACUGGACAUGUGGGUGACACAAGUUGGAGAACAGUCCUUGAACCUUGAGGCUACCGAACGUAUUGCAGAUCCCCAUGUUGUGUGUGCUCUGCUUAGUCUUGUGCUUUCAACUCGCAACAAACUUGUAACUUUACUUUCCACUUCGCCACCCAAAGAUCCCUUCCUCCGUCCACAGGCUUUUAUCUCGGCCCUUUCACUCUAUUCCUAUCUUGGUUUCAAUGGCCAGGGCAACUCCAGUCAUGGUUCUAGCACACCAGCUACACCGGCAUUCCCAUUCUUAUCGGGCCAUAAUUACUCGCACUCGUUGCCAACAACCCCUGGUUUAUCGUCCGCGUUUCCGAUGACUUCCAAGUCAUAUGGACUGGGUCUUGGUCCACCACCGAAUAUGACCCGAACGGUACUCACUCAAACUCUUGUGGAAGGCAUUGCCGCGGCGUACUCGGAAAAAGCACGUGCCGGCGAACGACGGAGAAGUCGGGGAGCUCGGGCACUUCUUGGUUUCGAUGGGGAAGUCGAUGAAACCCUCAGUGGUGGCGAAGGAGGAGAAGGGGUGCCGGAUACUGGUGGUGGCCAGAUCUUGACCGGCAUCGGCAGCCUGGUUGGGCUGAACAUCAACAACGGAGCAUCGGGAGCAGCAGGCAUCAUGGAAGCCAGUGUUGAUCUAGAGGCUUUUGUGCGGGUCGUGGUUGGACGCGCCAAAGAGCGAGGAAAGCGUCGUUCAGGGAAAGAGCGAGAGGGUCGCGGCGCGGAUAACGAGGAGAAAGAAAUCGUUAAUGGUGUUGCUGGAUGUGUACGAGGAUUGUGGAGUGGGCAUAUUUCCACUGUCGUUGCGCUUCGAGAGAGAGAGCUUGACGAAAGUUCAAUCCCACCUCGUGGCUCCAAUGACCGCAAACCACCUCUAAUCGGGAGCGAUAACGAAGAUAAUCUUCGUGGCGAGAAAGACGGUCGAUCAACCGAGGAGGAGGGACCAAGUGCUGACAAAUGGGGUGGGCGUGUGCAGAAAAAGUUUGAGUCAUGGACGAGACUUAAUCGCGGUGUCAAGAAAGGUCAUGCAAGUAUUGACUUGGGAGGAAGAGACUCGCUAGAUGGAUCUUAUGGGAUUAUACGUUCGCGCAAGCGUCCCCCACUCCCUAUGCGGGGGCUUGUGCUACCACCUGGACAACGCGAUAUCGAUGGCGGAGAGGAUUUAAGCAGCGGACAGGUCUCCCCAAUCACAGAUGACCCCCGCACUCCACGGCCACUAGAACCUUCACUAUCUGCAACCAGCUCGAACGCUAACCUGCUCAAUUCAGAAGAGUUUGAGAGGAAACUCAGCGCCUUCAACCAUAAAAGUCCAUGGGGUAACCGAAUUGUGCAAAAUAGAAUCUCUAGCUGGUCCGAUCCUGUGAGUGCUCGCGAGAUCAUCGAUAGUGAAGAAAGCGACGAUAGUGGCGGGACUGGAGAAGAAGGGAGCGGUUUGAGUGAUCGUAACGGAAAACGUCGUCACCCACCCCCAGUACGCGAGCGCGCUGCCAGCCGUCUGGCACAGUCAAGUGUUUUCGGAGAACCUGACGAUGUAAUUUACGAAGAACCCAUGGACGCAGCUGGCUAUCUCAGUGAUGCGCCUCCUGAAACGUCCCCAAAGCGCAAGCAGGCGACAGCCACCCUUACGAGACGAAGGAGUUGGCAUCAUGAUUCGGCGUCAUUUCGUGAUCUUAAGAUUCUCAGCAUUGACCGCAUGCGUAUUGAUGUAGCCCUCUGCGGGCAAGUCCUUGUUCUUCUACGCAGAGCUGAGCAUCUCCGUAACGUGCUCGCUUGCGUCCAUGUUUUAACCUCGUCUUUGUCGGAAACCAACACAAUACUCCGCGAAGACUACCAAACACACGUCAAAGCACUUGCUUCAGUGGAGCAGCAAGCCAGAAUCAUUGCGGAAAUCGAUGCUGAAGGAUCAAAAACGGACAAAAUAUCCCAGGCUCAGAACACGCUUUCGUACGAAACCCAGCAGUUGGUCGUGCAGAACCUCUGGCAUGUCGCUGGCCAGCCACGACAAACAACGUUCGCUCUUCGAGACAAGGUUUUCGGGAUGGGAGGACGGCGACUCCCGACUGGCAAGUAUGGUGCACAUGGUCAGUUCAACCGACUGCAGUGGACUUUGGACAGUCGAAAGUAUCUAGUCGACUACCUUGGUCGCACGGAAAGCGAAGCUGAAGAGGAAAGUCUUGUUGACCCUGAAGCUAUCCAGACGCCACCUCCAAUAGAGGACAAGGAAGUGGUCACGCAUCCUUCUAUACGGCCGAUGUGGCUGCUACGUUUCUUCACAAGUUGGGGCGCCAAAUGGGCCACCCAGCCGGAUGUUGCACAACCUGAACAGCCAAGUGGAAUCCAGCUCGCUUCGGAAACCACGUCCGCUCCCCAAAGUCGUACAUCGCUUUAA